CAUGCACUCUCGGAGUUGAUGUAUGUUCUAUGUGUGAAAUUCUGAAGGUCGGAGCCUCGGAGUCGGAGUAUAAGAGUUGAUAGCCCAGCGGAGCAUUUUCAUCCUCAACCAACCCACUGACUUAAUCAACCAACCGACAAACACCGCCAGGAAACUUCAAUUGCUUGACACUACUAUAACAUUCCCUACCAUUUUCUUCUAUUAAAUCUCAUCAAAUCGCAAACCACCUACCCAUCUAUCCAGACUAGAUACAACAAAAAAAUCAGCUGCCAGAUAUCAAAAACAACAAUAGCAAAAAGACAAGUCCAGCAAUCACUCGAUAGGCAGGCAGUCAUGUUCAAAAUCUUCCGUCUAAUUUCUAAAAUCUACCUGUUUGUUUCGGCUGUUCGGAAGCUCGAUUUAAAACAGAUCAAGAAGCAUUCUGAACUGCUCAAAGAGAAAAGGAGAUCGCGGAAGACUCGUGAGCGCUCUCUGAUCGUCAAGUUGACCGAUCCUUGUGGCGACUUCUAUCCGAAGAAAACCAUCCAAAACUUGUUGAUGGGCUUCUGAGCCCAACCCCACAAAAACUCGAACACAUCUCGUCAUAUUGUAUAAUCUUACACGUACAUAAAUCGAUCCACCAAUCAUGCACCUCAAACAACAGACGCGGCGCGUUUUCCUCGGGGCCACUUCCGAACAUCUC